UUUUCUUCACUCUCUUUCAUCAAAUUUGCAAUAUUUAAUUUGUCUCUCUCUUUAUGCACUUUGAUCCAUCAUCACUCACUCUUCAGUACCAUUUUCCACAAUUCAAAACAAAAGAACAAAAAAAAAAAGAAAGUGUUCUGGGUCUAUACCAUCUUCACAAAAUUUCCAACUUUUUUUCUACAAAAUCUCAUACCCAUCUGGUUCUUUUGCAAAAUCCAAUCUUUUUUUGCUCCUGAAUUCUCAGAGCUUUGCUGGUGAGGGAAAUGAGGGAUGCUCUCGUGGCUGGCAAGGAUGGCCUCGGCGUGUUGGAAGCCAGUAAGACGGUAUGCCCGUAUGAACAAGGAUGAUAGUAAUGACGGUGACUCUUCUCUUGGAGACUCGCUCCUAUGGUCCAGGGACCUCGAAAAGCACUCCUUAGGCGAGUACUCCUUCGCCGUAGUCCAGGCCAACGAUGUCAUCGAGGAUCAGAGCCAGGUUGAGACCGGCCAAAGCGCUACCUUUGUUGGCGUAUACGACGGCCAUGGCGGUCCCGAGGCAUCUCGCUAUAUAUGUGACCAACUUUUUCUUCAUCUAGUCAGGAUUGCUCGAGAAAAUGGAACCGUAUCUGAAGAUGUUCUCAGGAGAUCUUUUUCUGCAACUGAAGAGGGGUUUCUCACUCUUGUGCGUAGGACAUGUGGAAUAAAACCACUGAUUGCAGCAAUUGGCUCUUGUUGCCUGGUUGGGGUCAUCUGGAAAGGAACAUUAUAUGUUGCCAAUUUGGGUGAUUCUCGAGCUGUUAUUGGUUCUUUAGGUAGAUUUAAUAAGAUAAGUGCCGAGCAAUUGACCAGGGAUCACAAUGCAAGCAUGGAGGAGGUUAGACAAGAACUCAGGUCCAGGCAUCCGGAUGAUUCACAUAUUGUUGUCAUGAAGCAUGGAGUGUGGCGUAUCAAAGGCAUCAUUCAGGUAUCUAGAUCUAUAGGUGAUGCAUACUUGAAGAGGCCAGAGUUCUCUCUCGAUCCUUCAUUCCCACGAUUCCACCUUCCUGAACCUAUCCGUCGACCUGUGCUGACAUCAGAACCAUCCAUUUGUACAAGAGUUUUGCAACCAAAUGAUAAAUUUAUCAUAUUUGCAUCUGACGGACUUUGGGAACACAUGACAAAUCAGGAAGCUGCUGAGAUUGUGUAUAAAAACCCACGAACAGGAAUUGCAAAGAGACUUCUCAAAGCAGCUUUAAAUGUGGCAGCUAGGAAAAGGGAGAUGAGAUAUGAUGACCUUAAGAAGGUUGAAAAGGGGGUGAGGCGGUUCUUUCACGAUGAUAUUACAGUUGUUGUUAUCUUUAUAGACCACGAGUUACUGGGUAAAAAGAUAUCUGUGCCAGAGCUGUCGGUAAGAGGGUUCAGUGACACAGUUAGAGAAUCGAAUUUUAAUGUUCUUCAAGGAUUGAUGUGAAUGCAUGCCAGGUCCAUUAACUUAAAUAAGUACCUGGUAACUUGAAUGGCUCAAUAUGGUAUAAGAAGACAGGUUCAGCUAGUUUUUUAAUUUUUCAUUCAACAUUUUU